AUGAGUCUGUCCAAACAGCCUGUGACAUCGGCAUGCGAGUACGAGAAGUGGCUGAAAACACAACUCAUUCGCAAGAUCCAGGAACUUGAGAACGGAGGCACCAGUCCAGCCGCAGGGCAGGAGUCUGCUGCCGAUUCUAGCGGAACUGGCGGUGAUAAAGACACCUCCAAAACCGCUCUUCCUCUGCAAAAAAAGCGCAAGUUUGAUUUCACGCGGUUCCAGACGCGUUUUGUGGCCUUCAGGUUCGCAUACAUGGGCUGGAACUACAACGGACUCAACUAUCAGUACGAGCCCACGCCUCUUCCUACAGUGGAAGAGGUUAUUUUGCAGGCAAUGAGCAAAGCCAAGCUUGUCACAGAUGUGGACCCCGUCGCCUCUGGCUUUAGCCGAUGUGGCCGCACAGAUAAGGGCGUGAGUGCUUUGAACCAGGUGAUCUCGUUGAAUGUGCGGUCGUCUUUAACGAAGGAGCAGCAAAUGGACCCCGCUAAUGACCUGCGGGAAAUCCCUUACGUUAGCAUUUUGAACGCGCUCUUGCCCUUGGACAUUCGCAUAACAGCGGUAUCUUUGCGUCCACCCCCAAACUUUGACGCUCGUUUCAGCUGCUCGUACAGACAUUACAAGUAUCUUUUCUCGAAAAAAGGCUUGGACUUGGAGAAAAUGGAAGAAGCUGCCAAGAUGUACGAGGGCGUGCACGACUUCCGCAACUUCUGUAAGAUUGACGGGUCCAAGCAGAUCACAAACUACUUCAGGGAAGUGUACUCGGCCAAUAUCGUACACCAGGACGGCGACUUCUAUGUGUUUGACUUGAAAGGCUCGGCGUUCUUAUGGCAUCAGGUGCGCUGCAUGGUUGCCGUGCUAUUUUUGGUGGGCCAAGGACUAGAAUCUCCUUCAGUGGUGAAGGAACUACUUGAUAUUCAGAGAUACCCGAGCAAACCAUUGUUUGAAAUGGCCAACGACUUGCCCUUGGUGCUUUAUGAUUGCGUUUUCCCUGAAAUGGAGUGGCUUUCUGCGGCCACUGACUUCGACGGGGCGCAGAAACUCAAGUUGAUGAGGGAACAUGGCAAAUUCAACGGCUUGCUUCUCGAAUACCAAUUGAAAGCGCAUGUUGCAUCCAUGGUGGGGGAAGUUUUCGUCAAGGAAACAGUCCAAGAGAACUCCGAAGCCCAUCCUAACGCCGGCGCAAUCAAUCUAGGUGAUGGAAAGGGGCGCAACUACAAAACGUAUGUGCCGAUUUCGCAGCGAGACUUGGGCGACGAUGUUGCGACCGUGAAUGCCCGGCACAAAGAAAAACAAAAGAAAAAGGGAAAUAAAUAA